AUCAUUACACAAGGGAAAGUUAGAAGCUUUUGUUAGUUUCACAAGACUGCUCGGUGUUAUCGACCUAUGCCCAGGAAAUUAUCCUUAUCUUUCGCUUAUCGCCUCUUGCCUUCUUGCCUGCUGUUCUUUGGUUCUCAAAACGGCACAAGUCAGUGUGUUUUGUGUACUUCAACUUGUUGAAUACCAGCACCCUUCCCUCUGUGAGGAGUGUUCAAGGUUCAGGAAGAUAACGAGAGGUGAGUGGCUGACGCAGAGCUCGUGUUGUCUUACCAAAGACUCAUAUCAGAUUACGGUAGAGAGCAGCUUGGUUGAAACUGUAGCUGUGUUCAGACUGCCGUUGCUCGAACAAAACAGGAACUGGGACUAACAAAGGAGUUUUAAAGAAGUAAAAUACGCUAACAGAGGGCUUCCUGUUCUAAGAAGAGCGUUACCAUGGGUAAGAAGACACAACACUGUCUGCUGCGUUUGCUGUGUUUGUCGGUGCUUGUUCACUAUUCAGCAGCCUUGGUGUUUUGGACAGCCGUAAUAGAAAUAAGAUAUGUUAACAGCAACAAUACGCCUGAAGACAAAUACUGUGACUGUGGGGUGUAUGGUCGUAACUCCCCCGUGGAGGGAGUCAACGGCAUUGUUGCACUUCCCAAGGGAGACCCCGAAGGCUGUGGCUCAGACCAUGUCUACAACCGCAAUAUCAGCUCCCCGCCUUGGAUAGCCCUGGUAAAAAGGGGCAACUGCACUUUCAGUGAGAAGAUCAGUGCUGCCCACCGACAAGGAGCAACUGGUGUGGUGGUCUAUAAUGUGGAUGGCAGUGGCAACAGCACCCUUCAGAUGUCACACUCGGCUGAAGACGAUGUCGUGGCUAUCAUGAUUGGCAACUCUCAGGGCAUGGAGAUUGCCAAGGUGGUGAAGAAUGGGACAGAGGUACUGAUGCGUAUUUCUGUGGGCAGCCCUCAUGGACCCUGGAUGGACACAUACUGGCUUUACUUUCUGUCCAUCGCCUUCUUUAUUGUGACGGCAGCCUCCAUCGCCUACUUUGUGUUUAUCUCUGCCAAUCGUAUCUACAGUCUGACCAUGCAUAGGCGCAGUGAGAAGAAGCUAAAAUCUGAGGCAAAGAAGGCGAUUGGCCGUCUGCAAGUACGGAAACUCAAGGCAGGGGACGAGGAAACUACCUCUGAGUCCCAUGUGUGUGCAGUGUGUAUUGAUUCCUACAAAGCAGGGGAAGUGGUGACCGUGCUGACAUGUGACCACAUCUUUCACAAAACCUGCAUCGAGCCCUGGCUGCUGGAGAGGAGAACCUGCCCCAUGUGUAAGUGUGACAUCCUGACGGCCCUGGGGGUUGAGGAGGAAACAAAAGAGAACCUUUCUGCUGAGUCCCCACCAGAUGUCACUGUGAUCACAGUGACAGGAGGACAACCCAUGUAUGAAGUCCCACUGACUGACCCCGCAAGCCCGCACCCAGAGAGACAGCCGCAUCUCUAUGACAACAGGGCCUUCCAGGGAGACGCCGAGGCUGGGAGAAGAUGAACAACAGCGACGGAAACAACACGGUAGCAAACCAGGACACAGUCAAAUUCCCUGUUAAAAAUAGAUUCAAUAGAUGUAUCAUCACGUUUUUUCUGGGAUACACUGAACCAGCCCAAUGGACCCAGACAUUAAUGUUCCAAAAGGAGAAACCACGUUCAUCCUGUAAUGCAGGCAUGCUAAAAUAGAAGAAAUUCCAGGGAUUUACAAUGAAUUUUCUCUGUGUCUGUCUUGGUGCAAGUGUGUAAACAUAGGGUGUGUUCAUAACUGGUCCUUUUAGGUGGCUAGAAUAGAUUCUAAAAACGGAGUAGUCAUUAUGCCAGUGUCAAAUUUCUGCUUUGCAUAGUAAACACGCCCUUCAUACGGGUCAAGAAGGCACAGAAAAUCUGUUUGUCAUCGUGGCCUGUUUUCCUCCAACAAAAAGCUCGUUGGAUUGCACGAUUGACCAUUGUCUUUUAAAACCAGAGGUUAUUUGUUUCUCUUAAUUCAAUUAAUUUGAAUAACUAGACAUGUUCUGCUCUUAUUCAAUUAGAGUAUAUAUUGUUUUCUCAUUAGAAUGUUCAGGCUGGAUUUGGAAACACACCCUUAUGAACACACCCUUUACAGUACAUGCAGCAUGACACAUUGAUGUUUUAUGAGUGAAUAACAUCCCCUGACUGAGUGACUGUGACUUUAAGAAAAUUGGUCGUAGAAACAUGUUUGCUACCUAUCAAAUAAGAAUUUUCAAGUCCUUAAAAAUUGGUUGGCCUCUAGAUACUUUUGAGAAUUUGGCAAGCAAUAAAUGUCAUAAGAACUGUAGAGGAUUUGCCUCCCAAAAAACGUAUCUGGACUGUUGGAUAGGGAAAAAUGAUCUUGUAUGUGUAAUGGAUUUUUAAAUUAUAUAUAUUGAGAUUUAUUCAAUCAUGUCAAGGUCUAUCUGGUUGUAUAAAUUGGCAGUCCUCCUUCUCAAAAGGCUGAUUUUCAUGUUCUUAAAAAAGGUCUUCCAGGUUUUUUCUUUCAAUUAUUUGGAAUGGUGUUUAUUCAAUUCCUGUGGUCUACCUCUGAGCUCUCACAUGGUUAAAUUAUGGAACAUGGUUAAGAUUCUUACAUUUCCAAGAUCAAGUGUCCUUAGGUAAAUGAUUAAGCUAAAUAACUUUAUUUUUUUGUGGGUGUGGAUUGGGACACUUCAUAUAUUUUUCUAGAUUGAAUCAUUUUCACUGCUGUUUUACAGAUUCCAGGAGUCCUAAAUUGUUCUGUGAAAAAUGAAUAUUACUUGCUGUAUUAAAUCACAUUGAUGCUUAUUAGAAUGCAAUAAAUCCCUCAAAAUGAGGCCAACUU